AGCAACUGAGACCGUGUGAUCAUAUCAUACCUUUCUUUUCUAAAAUUCGUUGUCAAGCAGCAUGCUGAGUCACAGACUGGCAAGAAUAUCUACGAGACCAACUAAAAAUCUCGUUAACCGGGUACGUCGUCUUGCAACGAAGCCCGAUGCUGCAAAGUUGGAUCUCUCACCAUGUGUGAAAGGUAUCCUAGCGGAUGUGCAAAACCCUGAUACACCAAUAGAAAUCAAUGGAUGGGUUUCAUCAUCCCGCAUAUCGAAGAAUGUUGCAUUUUUGGAUGUUAAUGAUGGUACUACUUAUGAAGGGAUUCAAUGUGUGAUACGGCCUCCUUCUCUUUUACCUUCUGGCAUCAAAAACGGAACAGGAAUCCAAGUCAAAGGUAUAUGGUCUGAAGGUAAAGGAAAACAAAAAUACGAGGUUCAUGUCAAUGAUACUAGCCAAGGAAAAGUUAAUGUUUUGGGCCCAGUAGAUGAGCUAUUCCCAAUGAUCAAAUCAAACCAUUCGGCACAAUAUCUCAGGACAAUUCCUGAGUAUAGAUGGAGAGAUCAAAGCUUAGCAGCGAUCCUAAGGUUCCGGUCACAAGUGGAAACGACAUUGGUAAAUUUUUUUGAUUCUCAAAUGUUCAUAAAGACACAUCCACCACUUGUUACAGCUUCAGAUUGCGAAGGUGCUGGUGAGCUCUUCAAGAUUGAAUCAAGUUCCAAGCUGAAGAACGACGAGCAAUUUUUCGGAAAAGACGCAUACUUAACAGUUUCGACCCAAUUACAUCUAGAGGUUCUUUGUGCUGCGUUAAGUCGUGUUUGGACACUAACUCCUUGUUUUAGAGCAGAAGAAAGCGAUACUAAUAGACAUUUGAGUGAAUUUUGGAUGCUUGAAGCAGAAAUUGCAUUUGUUGACAAUGUCUCCCAGUUAACAAAGUUCUCCGAAAAGAUGAUCAAGUCUGUUGUGACAAAUUUAGUUGCUGAUUAUAAUGGGAUGGGCUCAAACCUUAUUAAUACUGUAGAUAAAUCGACAACUCAAAUCAUGACAGACCGAUGGGAAAUGUUAUUGUCUAAAGAUUGGGAUUCAAUAACUUACACUGAGGCAAUUAAAAUCAUACAAAACGCAGUUGACUCAAAGUCGGUAAAAUUUGAAACUAGACCAAUUUGGGGUGAUUCUUUGAAAUCUGAGCACGAAAAGUGGUUAGCAGGAGAAUAUUUUAAGAACCCUGUUUUUGUCACCGAUUAUCCUCUUGAGGAAAAAGCGUUUUACAUGAAAAUAAACGAUAGAACUACCGAGGAAGCUGGAACUACCGUGGCUUGUUUUGAUUUACUUGUUCCUGAUAUUGGGGAGUUGAUUGGGGGUUCGAUGAGAGAACACGACUUGCAAACGCUUAAAACUGAAAUUGAAAGAAGAGGAAUGGAUACCACGCCAUUGGAUUGGUACUUGAAGCUUAGAGAGAAUGGAUCUGUUCCCCAUGGAGGUUUUGGGAUGGGGUUUGAAAGAUUACUGCAGUAUCUGAGUUGCACAGAGAACAUUAGAGAUGUCAUUCCAUUCCCGAGAAGUGCAAGCACCUGUUUGUGCUGAUUGGAACAUUAUAAUACAUGUAAAUAACCGUUUGUAAAUAUGAAAUGCUUUGAAAAUUUAUCAAAACUCUAAUUUUUUUAUAUAGAAAAGAAAUUUGUUAAUAGACCUGAAUGUCU